AUGCUUGCUGAGCCUCGGAUUGCUGGCGCACAACGCUUCCCUGAGGUGGAAGACCUCAUAGCGGGCCGACAUCAUGAAGCCAUGCACUCGGCGGCUGGCUACGACAUGGCGCCCCAGAGGGAAGACGCGAGCAUGAUGGAUGUCUAUCCAAGCACUGAGACUGGCUCGGCGCAUGACUCCCUGUCGCCCUCCAAGCAGAUGCCCAAGAAGCACGUCAGCUUCGAGCUGCUACUCCCCCAAUCCCCAGCCCACAAAGCCCGACUACCAAUGCGGGUAGACAUCUACCCACACGAUACAACAGACUCCAUCAUUACAACAGUGAAGAACUUCUACGGCCUGUAUGAGCGCCGUGGAGUCAUCUUUGAAGACCGCCAUGGCAACACGCUCAUCGCGCGGUUCGAGAACUUCGAACAUGGCAUGACUGUCUAUGUCCGAGUCUCCCCAGAAAGCCUGGAUGCAGAUGAGUACUCCCCUGAUCCGCGACAGACGACUGUCUCGCCCCGCCGCCCUCGACCUCAUCUUGAAGAGGCCUUCCAGAUGCUCCCGCCUCAUCAGCACAAUCAAACAGGCGCAAGAGCGGGGUCUCGCCAUGCUCGCCAAAGCCAUUCUCCACACCCAAGUCGUGGCCGCAGAAGUGCUUCAAUCAGCAAGCGCAUGCGCCCCUCCACAAAGAGCCGCGGAAACAGCUCACAUGACAGCUUCGCUGAGGCGAAUGGCGACGACUACAGCGACAGCGAGGGCGAGCAUGGCUCAGUUACCAGCUCUCGCCGCUCGAGGAAGGAGCCACUCGCCAGUGCUGAGAUUAGUGUCGACAACAUUGUCGAAGGUGGGCGUCGAAAGCGUGCAAAGUUUGACAGCUCGGUACCCAUGACCACUUCUUUAUCAUCCGCAUCUCCUCAGCGACGCAUCAGUGGUAAUACUGCUGGUUCGCCAUACUCUGUCAACCAGCAGACAUUCUCAUACUCACACCCGCUGCCAUCGCCGCAAAGCUAUGGUCAAGGUGACAGCUCGUACAUGCAAGGAUUGGUCACGCCCUACUCUACAUCGAGUGGUCCGGCGCAGGGUAACAAGUCUCGUGCGCGGGGCUCAGGACAGCAUUCUCACUACCGCUACUCUGGCAGCAGUGGAAUGCUCCCCACCCCUGAUACUACCCUUACGAGCAUCAGCGUCAUCUCUGAUGAAGAUGUUGCUCGUCAGCUCAUGCGCUUGGGCGAUGCAUCCAACUUCUCCACUCACGGUCGUACCUCGACUUCAACGCUUGACGAUGCCUUCAGCGGAAAGGCUGAUGCAGCAUCUUCGAGUGAUGAGAGUGCUGAUGGCAGUGAGGACGAAGCCGAGCUGCCACCCCUCCCAUACAACAUCUCUCGUGGACUGCAUGAUAUGACUCGUGUCUACGAUGACGCCGACAGCAGUGGCGAGGACUACGAGGACGAGCGAGACGGCUCCUUCAAGGGCGUCAGUGAUGAGAUGAUGGCGGAUGAGCACAACAAUCAGCGUGUGCAGACAGGCAUCAUCAAAGCUCGUUCCAUUUCGAGCAAGUCUGGCAAGCCCAACAAGUCUCGAGCCAUGUCUAAGAGCAAGAGCAAGACGAAUGGUACCAACAAGGCUGCCCCCAUGUCGCCAUCAUCUCUUCCCUCGCAGUCACGCAAGGCCUCGAAUGCAUCAAUCAACUUCCAGCAUCAGCUCGCUGUUGAUGAGGAGGACCUUUCAAGCAAGCCGCGGUGCCAACGCUGCCGCAAGAGUAAGAAGGGCUGUGAUCGCCAACGCCCGUGCCAGCGCUGCAAAGACGCUGGUAUUGGUGCAGACGGAUGUGUCAGUGAAGACGAAGGCAACGGCCGGAAGGGCCGCUAUGGACGCCACAUGGGCGUCUCGGUCAAGAAGAACUCGGUGCCAUCUGCUGUCUCAAUGGCGCCUCCGCCAUCAUACGAGUACAACAUGGCUGUGGAUGGCCCCCAUGCUCUAAGCACGUCACUGGACAAGAGCAAGAAGCGCAAGAGGUAG